AUGAAGGUUUCGGCACUACUAUUGCCAGUUCUGGCCGCCUCCUGGGCUUCAGCUGCCGUUCUGCCCAGGCAGAGGGUCUCGCACGGCAUGGUCCAAGCUUCGGCUGCUCAUAUGGCCUCUGGCCAUGGGAAAUUUCCCGUGAAUAAGGCUCCUCAGGACCCUACGUCUACCGCAACGGACUCAGCUACUUCCACUGAUACAGAUGUGAUCACUUCAACAUCUACAAACACUGAUUUGUCCACGUCAACCAUUACUAUCGACACCGAUACUGAUGAUACUAGCACCAAUACACCUACUGACUCGGUAACAACUACAACUUCUACUAAUGUCACUACUUCUACCAGUACUGAUGUCAGUACUACUACUUCCUCCUCGGUUAGCACUUCUGUCGUCUCUUCUAGCAGCUCCACUGUAACCCUGACCACUAGCUCGUCAGCUUCUCCAAGUAGCUCCGCUAGCAGCAUCCCAACUUCUACAACCUCUUCGCCAAAUCUUGUUUCGAGCAUUUUGUCUGGAGUAACCCCGGUCAUCACCAAGAUCACCGAGAUUGUGCCUGCUGCUACCACCACAAUCACUCAAACUCCUCCCGGAGGCAUUGCGAAGGUGAUUAUCAGCACCGUCAGAGCUAGCUUCACCACUGUCAGGACCUAUGUUAUUGAGGCUCAUGGACAUACUACUAUCACCCGUGUGUAUACUGUCCCAUUCCCUAGCCCGUCCGUGGUCAGGUCUACUAGUGUUACGUACUCUCCCAUCACAAUUGAGACUACGUAUACUACUGUUGUCACCGUGACUAGGACUCUUUCCACGACUUUCAGGUCAUGGGAUAUCUCUCGAUACACCACUCAUCGUCCUAUCACCGAAGUUGCUGUUGGUGAAGUCACUGGUAUUGUUACUGUCCACCCGGUUACUUAUACUAUCACUACGACAUAUACUACUACCGAAGAGAUUUUCCCAAGUUAUGCUACUACCACCUUUGUUGAAAAUGGAACACCGGUUAUUAGCACCAUCCAUAUUCAUCAUCACUCAGAUGACUUUGGAAUUCACUCCACUUGGGGCCCUGGUGAUUCCGCUUUUAACAUCCCAACCACUCAGGGUGGGCUUGUAAGCACUCCCUCUGGAACUCCGGGUCUGUCAUUGCCAACGAUUUCACUCCCAUCGGAGACAAUCCCUUCGAUUUCUAUUCCUUCGAUUUCUAUUCCUUCGAUUUCUGUUCCUUCAAUUUCCGCUCCUUCAAUUUCGAUCCCUUCGGUAUCGAUUCCCUCAAUUUCUGUUCCAUCUAUCUCAAUCCCCCCUCUUUCAAUCCCAUCUGAUAUUGUCAGCGAGAUUUUCCCAUCUGAUGUCCCAACCCCGACUUCAGUUCCAUCUAUCUCUGUUCCAUCUAUCUCUGUUCCCUCCAUCUCUGUUCCAUCUAUCUCUCUUCCGUCUAUUUCCCUUCCAACUCAAAACUUCGAUUUAAAUGCCUUGACUACCAGCUUAAGCACCAGCACUUGGAUUACCACUGAGCUUGUUACACUCUCAGAUGCUGUCACAACCGUGGUUGGUAUUCCUACCCACAUUCCGGCUGUGUCUCUUUUCACUAGCAUCCAAAGCCUAGUUACUACUCUUGAGAACGUUGUCACUGUCACUGGUAUCCCAACCACCUUCGAGGUUCCUACCACUUCUUUGAUCACUAUUCCUACUACUCUUUCUCUCCCCACUCCCUCUAUUCCGUCUAUUUCAGUUCCUUCGAUCAGUUUCCCUUCAGUUUCGGUUCCCUCAAUUUCGCUGCCCUCAAUUCAGCUCCCUACCGAUCUUCCAACUUCAAUCCCCUCCAUCUCUCUUCCUUCAGUAUCACUUCCAACUAUCUCUCUUCCCACCAUUUCCCUCCCCUCGGCCUCAGUACCUUCGGUUUCGGCUCCUAGCUUACCGAUUCCAUCGGUCUCUUUCCCAAGUAUCUCGAUCGUUAGCGUGACCGCCCCGGCAUCCACAGUUUUCCCAACUACUGGACUACUUGACCCUCUUGUUACUCCAAUCGAGAGUAUUAUCGUCGACCCAGUCACUAGCUUGGUUGGAAAUCUCGUGAGCACUCUUGUCAACAAUAUCCUUCACCCGAGUAUUCCAAGUGCCAGUCUCCCAAGUAUCAGUAUCCCGACCCUGAGUGUCCCGUCAAUCUCGGUUCCUUCAAUUACUCUCCCCUCUCUGAGCGUCCCAACGUUGUCAUCGGUUAGUAUACCCUCGAUCAGCAUUCCGACUCUUCCAUCAGUCAGUGUCCCAUCGGCCACUCUUCCAUCGAUCUCGGUCCCGUCAGCCUCCAUCCCAUCCAUUAACAUUCCAUCUCUGAGCCUCCAAACACUUCCGUCUGUGAGCAUCCCAUCGGUCACUGCUCCAUCGAUCAGUGUUCCAACAUUACCAUCGAUCAGUGUUCCUUCCAUCAGUAUCCCUACACUACCAUCAAUUAGUCUACCAACACUACCAUCGAUUAGCGUCCCGUCUAUCAGUAUUCCUUCCAUCAGUGCUCCAUCGAUAAGCGUUCCUACGCUUCCUUCUAUCAGCGUCCCUUCGAUCAGCAUUCCAUCGGUUUCAGUUCCAACAAUUAGUGUUCCAAGUGUUACUCUGCCAACUAUCAGUGUUCCAAGUAUCACUCUGCCAACCAUCAGUGUUCCAAGUAUCACUCUCCCAUCAAUUAGUGUUCCAACACUUCCAUCGGUCAGUAUUCCUUCGAUCAGCGCGCCAAGGGUCAGUCUCCCGAGUGCCUCAAUCCCAAGCAUCUCGGUCCCAACCGUCAGCGUCCCCAAGGUCACUGUCCCAACCGUCAGUGUUCCAAGUGUGACCCUCCCAACAGUCAGUGCUCCAAAGGUCACGGUACCAACUAGCGCCGUCAAGCCCACCGCCCCACCUGCUCACCCGGUUGUCAACAAGAACCCUGCGGCUAAGGGACCUAGCCCUCACCAGAUGCUUGAGUCUCAGGGAUUUAACCUUGUUGAGGAGAGCCAUCCAAAAAUCAGACGCGCCCGAGCUGAGACCUUCCAGAUCCGUGGUCGCCGAGAGGCAUAG